AACCUAGGCGAAGAAGAGGUAUUGUGCUUGUGGCGUGUGGUGUGGCCCUGCAAUUGCAAGCUUUUAAGGAGAAUUGAGAGAGCUAAAAGCAAAAACAAAUGGUGAUGAAGAAGAUGAGGCUAUUACUGCUGCUAAAGCCCUUCAGUGUAUCUUCACCACCUCCCCACACCCCCCCUCAGAUUAUACAGUUCUUGGAGAAUAGGCGUAAGGUACACCAUGAUGCAAUAAACUUUUGUCAAGCUAUUUUGCGAAAAAAGUCAGUUGAAUGGAAAGCUGUACUGCGUAACAACUUGUUGCCAGCCAUCAAUGAUGUGGAUCUAGUUGUCACAAUUGGUGGUGAUGGAACUCUUCUACAUGCUAGCCAUUCAUUGGAUGACAAAAUUCCUGUUCUUGGAGUGAAUUCUGACCCUACACGUAUUGAUGAGGUGGAGCAAUGCAGUAGUGAAUUUGAUGCUAACAGAAGCACAGGCCAUCUUUGUGCUGCUAGUGUUGAAAACUUUGAACAAGUUUUAGAUGCUAUACUUGAAGGUCAAUUUCUUCCUUCCGAAUUAAGAAGGACCAUGAUAUCUGUUAACGCACUGCACUUGUCAACUUAUGCUCUCAAUGAUAUCUUAGUUGCACAUCCAUGUCCUGCCUCGGUUUCCAGGUUCUCAUUCAGAAUCAAAGAGGGUAACAAACCAUGUUCCCCUCUCGUUAACUGUAGAUCAAGUGGUCUACGUGUUUCAACCGCUGCUGGUUCAACUGCUGCAAUGCAUUCAGCAGGUGGAUUUCCAAUGCCAAUUUUAUCUCGGGAUCUCCAGUACAUGAUAAGGGAGCCUAUUUCAACCGAGGAAGCCUCAGAUCUUAUGCGUGGAUUGAUCAAAGAUGAUCAAACAUUAGUUGCUACAUGGACCUGUAGAAAAGGAGUGAUAUAUAUUGAUGGUUCUCAUAUCUAUCAUACCAUCCAAGAUGGGGAUAUCAUUGCGAUAUCUUCCAAUGCACCAGUUCUGAAAGUUCUAUUGCCUCGUCAUCUGUUAUAGUUAGAGAAGGCGACAACUAAAUUUCACGGCAUAUCCUCAUCCGGAGACUAAGCAAAUUUUGUUGGAGUAUUAGUGCUUUUAAUGAAAAAUAUAGGCCACAUGAGCUGACAUAAGCUUGUAAUGUUCCCAUUCGUUAGUAAGGGUUGGGCCACAAAUGCAAUUCGAAAUCUCAUGCAUUGAUAUCGUGGCCAUAAAUUUGAAGCUGACUUGACUUUAGAUUUAGGAAGUUAAAACACAAAAAAUUUUCAAAUUAC